AGCUGAUUACAGCAAUCGUUCCCACUCGACCAAACGUAGGUAUAUACCAACUGCGAUCUAUAAUCUUGCAGUUCACCAGUGCAAUUUCAUAUUAAAUCAUCUUAAAAGGAGGUUUCCAAAAAAACAGGAAAAUGCGGUCUUCUUUGCUACGUAAUCCUACGGUUAGACAUUAUGCAGUUGCAGCAACUGCACCAAGUGCAGCUUGUGCAGCAACUCCAGAAUGUAAAGUUUUGAGCAAUAAAGUUACCGUUGCAGCUUAUGAUAACAAUUCUCCAAUUGCACAAGUGUCCAUUGUUUUCAGAGCUGGAUCAAGAAAUGAAACAUAUGAUACACAAGGUAUAGCACAUCAUUUGCGUUUAGCUGCAGGAUUGAGUACAUCAGUCGCAAGUGCUUUUGCUAUAACAAGGAAUAUCCAACAACGUGGUGGAAAUUUAAUAACCACUCUUGAUCGUGAAAGUAUAGCAUAUACAUUGCAGAUCACUAGAAAUAAUCUGGAAGAGUCUCUUCAAUAUCUAGAAUGUGCUGUUACUAAGCAAGUUUUUAAGCCAUGGGAAGUACAGGAUCAAUUACCCAGAUUAAAAUAUGAAUUAGCUUCUCUAUCUGAUACAGUUUGGGUAAUUGAAUUAUUGCAUAAAGCAGCUUAUUACAAUGGACUUGGAUAUUCUCUUUUCUGCCCUGAACACAGAGUAGGCACAAUUAAUUCAGAAAGUCUCUUACAUUUUGUCAAUACUUGGUGUACUGCACCUAGAUGUGCAGUUGUUGGUACUGGUGUUUCACUAGCAGAACUUAGUGCUUUAGGAUCAAAUUUAAGUAUUCAAUCAGCAGAUAAGCCAAAUGAAGCAAUAAAAUAUCAUGGCAAUGAAAUUCAUCAAGAAACUUGCGCAAGUUUAACUAAUGUAGCAUUAGCUGUAGAAGGUGUAAGCCUGAAAAAUGAGGAAGAAGCUUUAGCAUGUGCUAUAUUGCAAAGAACGUCCAGUGUGACAAGAGUUAAAUGGGGAUCUAGUCCAACAUCGCUACAUAAACAACUUUCGUGCGUUGCAGGAUCAGAACUAUUUGCUGCAUCAACAUUCAACGCUAGCUAUACUGAUUCAGGACUUUUUGGUGUUGUGUUAUGUUCAACACCCGACAUUAUAGGAUCUUUGACAAAAGAAACUGCUAAAUGGUUGAAAUCUUUAAAAGUAACUGAAAAUGAGGUUGCUCGUGGUAAAAAUAUAUUGAAAACUGAAAUUCUGGACGCAGCAGAUAAUCAAGUUUGUUUAUUAGAAAGCUUGCAACAACAAGCUGUGUUAAAAGGACAAGUCUCUUCACCAAUAUCAAUAGCUAAUGCUGUUGAUAAAAUUUCUGCAUCUGAUGUUAAAGCUGUUGCAGACAAACUUGCCAAAGGGAGAUUAUCUUUAGCUGCUAUUGGUAAUUUGAAAACUGUACCACAUCUUGAAGAAUUAAAAUAAAUUUAGUAGUUACAUCUAAUCACACAAGUAACACGAAAUCGAUACGAACCUUCGAUAUUGCGAAGAUUAAAAUUGAGAUAUACGAAAGUCAUUCAUCUUAAUCGGCGCAACAUAUUUAAUAUUCAUGUGCAUUUUGCUGCAGUGAAUGUAACUCUGUAGAUAUGAAUAAAAAUAAAAAUUCUUUAUUUCGGGUUUUA